GACUAUUAAAGCAAGUUGGCAGCACUGACACUACGAAUACAUACAUUUUCCAUUCGGAUUCUCACAGCAGUCACUUUUUUUUUUACUCGCAAGUGAAGUUCGACCGCAAAGAAUAAAUGUGAAUUAAAGAUACAAAAAAAAAACUAACGUGAAGCGAAUACAAAUGGUGAACUGUAUGUUUUUAUGAAUCAAUUAAAGAAAUUUCGAACAGCAACGUUUGCAGAGUAGUAUAGUUAUUCUUUGAGAUUUGUUUACGAUUUGGGAAUUUAGAAAUAAAACAUAAAAUUGAAUUCUUUGCGGUGAAAAAUUAACAAAUAAAGAAAAUUGUGGACGACAAUUUGGCCGAAGAAGAAGCAGAGGAGAAGAAGAUAAAAUGACGACGGACAUUUCAAUUGUUCGAUGGGAUCCGAGUCAGGGUCCUGGCAACGAAUAUAUCGAUGAAUACGAAUACGAUGGUGGAAAUUCGAGUUCCCGUCUCUUUGAGAGAUCCCGCAUCAAGGCAUUGGCGGAGGAGCGCGAAAGUGUACAGAAGAAGACAUUCACCAAAUGGGUUAAUUCGCAUCUCUGUCGUGUCAACUGUCGCAUCGCCGAUCUCUAUGUGGAUAUGCGGGAUGGCAAGCAUUUGAUUAAGCUAUUGGAGGUCCUAUCCGGGGAACGUUUGCCCAAGCCCACCAAGGGCAAGAUGCGCAUCCAUUGUCUGGAGAAUGUGGACAAGGCAUUGCAGUUCCUGCGGGAACAGCGCGUCCAUCUCGAGAACAUUGGAUCCCACGAUAUUGUCGAUGGCAACGCCUCCCUCAAUCUCGGUCUAAUCUGGACCAUUAUCUUGCGCUUCCAGAUCCAAGAUAUUACCAUUGAGGAGGUGGACAACAAGGAGACAAAGUCGGCAAAGGAUGCGUUGUUGUUGUGGUGCCAGAUGAAGACAGCCGGUUAUCACAAUGUGAACGUGAGGAACUUUACGACCUCGUGGCGAGAUGGACUCGCCUUCAAUGCGAUUAUACACAAACACCGUCCAGAUUUAGUGCAAUUUGAGAAGCUAUCGAAAACGAGUGCGAUACACAAUUUGAAUAAUGCCUUCGAUGUGGCCGAGGAUAAAUUGGGAUUGACCAAAUUGCUGGAUGCCGAAGAUGUUUAUGUGGAGCAUCCCGAUGAGAAAUCGAUCAUCACAUAUGUCGUGACCUAUUAUCAUUACUUUAGCAAACUGAAGCAGGAGACGGUCCAGGGAAAGCGUAUUGGCAAAGUCGUUGGCAUUGCCAUGGAGAAUGAUAAAAUGAUUCAUGAUUAUGAGCAUUUUACCAGUGAUCUUCUCAAAUGGAUCGAGACAACGAUACAAUCGCUGGGCGAACGGGAAUUUGAGAAUUCUCUGGCCGGUGUCCAAGGCCAAUUGGCACAAUUCUCCAAUUAUCGCACGAUUGAGAAACCGCCCAAGUUUGUCGAGAAGGGAAAUUUGGAGGUGCUGCUUUUUACACUGCAAUCCAAGAUGCGGGCAAACAACCAGAAACCCUAUAUACCAAAGGAAGGUAAAAUGAUAUCGGACAUUAACAAGGCCUGGGAGCGUCUCGAGAAGGCGGAGCACGAACGUGAGCUGGCACUAAGGGAGGAACUGAUCCGUCAGGAGAAACUGGAACAAUUGGCGGCCCGUUUCGAUCGCAAGGCAUCGAUGCGCGAAACAUGGUUAUCGGAGAAUCAACGUCUUGUGAGCCAGGAUAAUUUUGGAUUCGAUUUGGCGGCCGUUGAGGCGGCGGCCAAGAAGCACGAGGCUAUCGAAACCGAUAUAUUUGCGUAUGAGGAGCGUGUUCAGGCGGUUGUUGCCGUUUGCGAUGAAUUGGAAUCGGAGCGUUAUCACGAUGUGAAGCGGAUUCUGUUGCGCAAGGAUAACGUGAUGAGAUUGUGGACUUAUCUGCUCGAACUUUUGCGUGCACGUCGCAUGCGAUUGGAGAUAUCGUUGCAGCUGCAGCAGAACUUCCAGGAGAUGCUGUACAUUCUGGACAAUAUGGAGGAGAUCAAGCAGCUGCUGAUGACGGACGAUUAUGGCAAGCAUCUGAUGGGAGUGGAGGAUCUGCUGCAGAAGCAUUCCUUGGUGGAGGCGGACAUCAAUAUUCUUGGGGAACGCGUCAAGGUAGUGGUGCAGAAUUCCCAGAAAUUCCUUAGCGAUGAUCCCGAGUCGUACAAGCCAUGUGACCCGGAGAUAAUAGUGAGUCGGGUGCAGCAGCUGGAGGAUGCCUAUGCGGAGCUAGUGCGUCUGGCUGUGGAGCGCAGAAGUCGACUGGAGGAGAGUCGUAAGCUGUGGCAAUUCUAUUGGGACACCGCCGAUGAGGAGAACUGGAUCAAGGAGAAGGAACAAAUUGUGUCCACCGAUGAGAUUGGACAUGAUUUGACCACCGUCAAUCUAUUGCUGUCCAAGCACAAGGCACUGGAAUCCGAAAUCACCUCACAUGAUCCGCAAUUGCAAAAUGUGGCUAAAGUGGGAGCUGAACUGAUAACCGAGGGACAUUUUGGUGCCGAACGCAUCAAGGAUCGCCUUAAAGAAAUCCUUACCAAGUGGGAUCAUUUGCUGGACUUGACCAAAUAUCGUCGGCAACGUUUGGAAAAUGCCGUCGAAUAUUUCCAACUCUUUGCGGAUGCGGAUGAUGUGGAUAAUUGGAUGUUGGACACGUUGCGCAUUGUUUCCAGCGAGGAUGUGGGUCGGGAUGAGGCCAAUGUGCAAUCUUUGUUGAAGAAACACAAAGAUGUUGCCGAUGAGCUAAAGAAUUAUGCCGAAGUUAUUGAUUUGCUGCAUAAACAGGCGGAGAAUCUAAAGCUUAAUCCUCCAGAGCAAUCGCAGGUGGAACAGAGACUGGCGGCAAUUGAUGCCAGAUACAAGGAACUUACGGAAUUGUCGAAACUGCGUAAACAACGUUUGCUGGACGCAUUGAGCCUCUAUAAAUUAAUGUCCGAGGCGGAUGGCGUGGAGCAAUGGAUCAAGGAGAAGACCAAAAUGUUGGACACAAUGCUGCCAGGCAAGGAUAUUGAAGAUGUGGAGAUAAUGAAGCAUCGCUUCGAAGGAUUCGACAAGGAAAUGAAUGCAAAUGCCAGUCGAGUGGCUGUGGUGAAUCAAUUGGCCCGGCAAUUGCUCCAUGUUGAGCAUCCCAACUCUGAUGAAAUCCUGGAGCGACAGAAUCACUUGAAUCAGGAGUGGAGCACGUUGAGGGAGAAGGCAGAGGCCAAAAUGGAUGAUUUGAAGUCGGCACAUGGUGUGCAGACAUUCUACAUUGAAUGCCGAGAGACAAUAUCCUGGAUCGAGGAUAAGAAACGUAUUCUAACCGAAACGGAUAGUCUGGAAAUGGACUUGACGGGUGUGAUGACACUACAGCGACGUCUCAGUGGCAUGGAUCGUGAUCUGGCCGCCAUACAGGCGAAAUUAUCGAGUCUAGAAAGCGAAGCGGACAAUAUUGAAGGCGAUCAUCCGGAGGAGGCGCAAUUGAUCCGCGAGAGAAUCGCACAAAUUAAUUUAAUCUGGGAGCAAUUGACACAAAUGUUGAAGGAACGCGACUCGAAACUGGAGGAAGCUGGUGAUGUGCAUCGUUUCCUGCGUGAUCUUGAUCAUUUCCAGACCUGGCUGACCAAAACCCAAACGGAUGUGGCCUCGGAGGAUACGCCCACCUCCUUGCCGGAAGCAGAGAAGCUGCUCAAUCAACAUCAAUCCAUACGCGAGGAAAUUGACAAUUAUACCGAGGAUUACAAGGUGAUGAUGGAGUAUGGAGAGCGUUUGACUUCAGAGGGUUCCACCACGGAUGAUCCGCAGUAUAUGUUCCUACGGGAACGUUUGAAUGCCUUGAAGGAUGGCUGGGAGGAGCUGCAUCAAAUGUGGGAGAAUCGUCAGGUAUUAUUAUCCCAAAGUCUCGAUCAGCAGCUGUUCAAUCGCGAUGCCAGACAAACGGAGGUAUUGCUCAGUCAACAGGAGCAUUUCCUGAGCAAGGAUGAUACGCCCGUUAAUCUGGAGCAGGCCGAGAAUCAAUUGAAGCGUCAUGAAGCCUUCCUCACGACCAUGGAGGCCAAUGAUGAUAAGAUCAAUACACUACUACAAGUGGCAGAUACUCUCGUAGAAAAGGAACACUUUGAUGCGGAGAAAAUAGGCAAAAGAGCGGAGAAUAUCACCGGUAGACGUGAUGACAAUCGUCAGCGUGCCUUGGAUCAGCAUGAGAAGUUGAAGAAUCAAGUGAAGCUGCAUGAAUUCCUCCAAGAUCUGGAGGAACUCAAUGAAUGGGUGCAGGAGAAGUAUGUUACCUCACAGGAUGAGAGCUAUCGCAGCGCCAAGACCAUACACUCCAAAUGGACACGUCAUCAGGCCUUUGAAGCGGAAAUCGCUGCCAAUAAAGAGCGGCUCUAUGAGGCCGAAAAGUCCGCACAAGAAUUGUCGAAAGAAAAGCCCGAGUUUAAGGACGUUAUCGAGCCCAAACUGAAAGAACUCGCCAAGCAAUUUGACGAUCUGGAAUUGCAUACGAAAGAGAAGGGCGCCUUAUUAUUUGAUGCUAAUCGUGAGGUUUUAGUGCAACAAACCUGCGAUGAUAUUGACUCAUAUAUCACCGAUCUGGAGAAACAGAUUGUUAGUGGUGACACUGCCAAUGAUUUGACCUCGGUCAAUAUCUUAAUGCAAAAACAACAGGUUAUCCAAACCCAAAUGGCUGUCAAGGCCCGUCAAGUGGAGGAGAUUGACAAACAAACGGAGUAUUUGCAAAAAACCAUACCAGAAGAACAAAUCGAACCCAUUGUGGUUAAGAAAACGGCGGUACUCGAAAGAUUCGAGAAGAUUAAGGCCCCUUUGAUGGAGCGACAAAAGCAGCUGGAGAAGAAGAAGGAAGCCUUCCAGUUCUGUCGCGAUGUCGAGGAUGAGAAAUUGUGGAUUGAGGAAAAGCUGCCGGUGGCUAAUUCCAAAGAUUACGGCAAUUCGCUAUUCAAUGUGCAUGUUUUGAAGAAAAAGAAUCAAUCGUUGGCCACAGAAAUCGAUAAUCAUGAGCCGCGGAUCAAUGCUAUAUGUAAUAAUGGCCGCAAAUUGAUUGAUGAGGGACAUGAGGAUGCACAGAAAUUCGAGAUAUUGAUUAGAGAUUUGACACAAAAGUGGCAGGAGUUGAAGGAUGCCAUCGAUAAUCGUAAACAGCAAUUAUUGGAAUCGGAGAAGGUGCAACAAUAUUUCUUUGAUGCCCAGGAAGCCGAAUCCUGGAUGAGUGAACAGGAGCUGUAUAUGAUGGUUGAGGAUCGUGGCAAGGAUGAGAUCAGUGCACAGAAUCUAAUGAAGAAACACGAGAAUCUGGAGCAAUCCGUUGAGGAUUAUGCGAAUACCAUACGGCAGCUGGGCGAGAUUGCUCGGCAAUUUAGCUCGGAUGAUGUGAGCAGUGGCGAUGCGGUGGCCGUUAAGCAAUCCCAGCUGGAUAAAUUGUAUGCCGGCUUAAAGGAUUUGGCGGGCGAGAGACGAGCACGUCUCAACGAGGCACUCCAGCUGUUCAUGUUGAGCCGUGAAGUGGAUGAUUUGGAGCAAUGGAUAACAGAUCGUGAAGUGGUAGCCGGCUCUCAGGAGCUGGGACAGGACUAUGAUCAUGUAACCUUAUUGUCCGAGCGCUUCAAUGAAUUCGCUCGGGAUACCGAAGCAGUCGGUGGUGAACGGGUGGCCAAGGUCAAUGGCAUUGCCGAUAAUCUGAUACAAGCCGGACACUCGGAUUCCGCGACCAUUGCGGAAUGGAAGGAUAAUUUGAAUGAAUCGUGGCAGGAUCUGUUAGAGUUGAUUGAGACACGCACACAAAUGUUGGCCGCAUCGCGGGAACUCCACAAAUUCUUCCAUGACUGCAAGGAUGUCCUCGGACGCAUCCUGGAGAAGCAACACGGUGUCUCCGAUGAGUUGGGACGUGACGCCGGCUCCGUGUCAACGCUACAGCGUAAACAUUACAAUUUCCAACAGGACUUGACCACAUUGUACUCGCAAGUUCAACAGAUUCAGGAAGAAUCGGCUAAAUUGCAGGAUGCCUAUGCUGGGGAUAAGGCCAAGGAGAUUACCAAUCGGGAGCAGGAAGUGCUGCAUGCCUGGGAGAAUCUACAAGCCAUGUGCGAUGCACGCAAACAGAAGCUGGCCGAUACGGGCGAUCUAUUCCGUUUCUUCAAUAUGGUUAGGAUACUCACCAUUUGGAUGGAGGAUCUGGUCAGGCAAAUGAAUACAUCGGAGAAACCACGCGAUGUCUCCGGUGUUGAGCUGCUGAUGAACAAUCAUCAGAGCUUGAAGGCCGAAAUCGAUACCAGGGAGGAUAACUUUAGUGCGUGCAUCUCGUUGGGCAAGGAAUUGCUCACCCGGAAUCAUUAUGCCUCCGCCGAUAUUAAGGAUCGUCUCAUGCAGCUAAGCAACAGUCGAAAUGCUCUACUCCGACGCUGGGAGGAGCGUUGGGAGAAUCUCCAACUAAUCUUGGAGGUCUAUCAAUUUGCCAGAGAUGCUGCCGUUGCCGAGGCUUGGCUUAUUGCCCAGGAGCCUUACCUGCUAUCUUCCGAGCUGGGACACACCAUCGAUGAGGUGGAGAAUCUGAUCAAGAAGCACGAGGCAUUCGAAAAGUCGGCGGCGGCACAGGAAGAGCGCUUCAGUGCCCUUGAGCGUUUGACAACAUUUGAGCUUAAGGAGAUGAAGAGGCGCCAGGAGAUGGCCGAGGAGGCGGAGCGACAACGGAUCAAGGAGGAGCUGGAGGCUAAGGCCGCAUCCGAGGCGGCAGAGAUGGCGAAACGUGAGGCGGAACGACGGGAUGACGUGGAUGUGGGCAUUGCCCAUGAUGAAUCAGCCGCUGCAGACACGUCCGUUGAUGUUGAGCGCGUUAUCGAGGCACAAACAGAACGUGGCGCAACACCUUCGGCUGGAGAUGGUCAGGAGGGUUACGUGACACGAAAGCACGAAUGGGAAUCGGCCACCAAGAAGGCAUCCAACAGAUCUUGGGAUAAGGUAUAUAUGGCUGCACGAGUUGGACGCGUCUCGUUCUUCAAAGAUCAGAAGGGUUAUAAGAGUAAUCCCGAAUUGACCUUCCGCGGCGAACCGAGUUACGAUCUGCAAGGCGCUGCCAUUGAAAUUGCCAGUGAUUACACGAAGAAGAAGCAUGUGCUGCGAGUCAAGCUUGCAAAUGGCGCCGAGUUCUUGCUGCAGGCCCACGACGACACCGAGAUGACCCAAUGGGUGACCGCCCUGAAGGCCCAGAGCGAUUCGGCAGCUGUCGCGGCGAGCCGAUCGCAGACUUUGCCAGCGACUUCACAAAAGGACGAACCAAAGCGCAGAUCGUUUUUUACUUUAAAGAAAAAGUAAAUUGCAAACCAUAAGAGCAGCUAAUUCAAAAACAAAAAUUGAACAGAAAAACAAAACAACAACAAAAUACAUAUAUAUUUUUUUCAUAUAUUUAAUGCAAAACUUAUUUCAUAAAAAACAAAAGCAACAAAAAAAAGAAAGAAAAUGACGAGAAGCAAAAAACAAGUAAAACAUUAUUAUGCUUAUCAAAUUUGCACGAUAAAAUACUGCUAUUAUUGAUUAAACGUAUGUAUCUUAUUUAUUUAAACAAAUACAAAGUAAUAUAAAUAUAAAACAAAAACAAAUACAAAAAACAAAAAAACAAAUUGAGAAAAACUCGUGUAUGCAUUUCAAUGUAUUCGAUAAAUAAACGAAUUAUUCCUCUAAAGUA